GCGGGCAGGGGUUCCCGCGGCGCGGCUCGACUCGGCUCGAUGCGAUUGGAUUCGCUCCUCCCCUCAGCGCCGAGGCGGAGCGGGGCGGUGGCGGCGGGCGGGCGAUCGGGCGGGCUCAGCGCGCCCCCAUGGCCCUGGCGCCGGGUCAGCGGGCACGGUAGCAGCCUCCGACUGUCGCCGCGGGUGACUCAGAGCUGCCCGGGCAGGGUGGGCUGGAGAUGCGCCUCUCCGCCGGGCUCCGGGCAGCCGCGGGAGACUGACUGAGCCACAAAGAAGUUUCCCCGGCGGCGGCGGCGCGGCGCUCCCUCAUGCACGCCUCCGGCCGCCGGUCCUGGAGCGCUGCUCGGCAGGCGCCCGGCGCCGACCCCGCCAUGGAGCCCCGCGCGGGGCUGCACAGCAGCCCGGAGCUCAGCCGGGCCAAGCGGCUGACCGUGGGGGAGCUCUGCUCCCUCUUCGAGGCUCGCUGCGCCGCCGUCGCCGCCGCCGCCGCUCGUCAGCUGCCCGACCGGCCGAAGAGGGGCUGCCGACCCCCGAACGGGGUUCUGCCGCCCGUCAUCCCCCGGCUCACCGUCACCGCCGAGGAGAGCGAGGAGGCGCAGGGCAGCCCCCAGGCGCGGCCGGCGCGGCCGGAGGGCGGCGGGCUGAGGACGGGCAGCUCGCUGCACCUGCAGUCCCGCCGGCUGUCCAACUCCUCGGUCUCCUCCACCGGCUCCUCGUCCCUCCUGGAGGACUCGGAGGACGACGUGCUGAGCGACACGGAGUGUAGGAGCCAGGGCAUCGUGCACUUGGAGCACGGCGAGGACACCAGCCAGUCUCCUGUGUCAGAUGCUCAAAAAAAAAAAUUACCAGGCAUUUCCCAGCAGAAAAAGGCAUGGCAUACAAUUAAAACCAUGGUUAACUUACCAGUCAUCAGCCCCUUCAAGAAACGCUACUCAUGGGUGCAGCUGGCUGGGCAUACAGGGAAUUUCAAGGCAGCUGAUAGUGGGAAGAUUCUCAAACGCUUCUCAGAGAAUGAAAAGGAGUGUUUUGAGCGAUUGAUGAAAGAUCCACUACGCUCCUGCGUCCCUUGCUUCCAUGGCGUGGUGGAGAGAGAUGGCGAGAGCUACAUCCAGCUGGAUGACUUGCUCACUGAUUUUGAAGGGCCAAGCGUGAUGGACUGCAAGAUGGGAAUCAGAACAUACCUGGAGGAAGAGUUGACUAAGGCACGAGAGAAACCAAAGCUGCGUAAGGACAUGUACAAGAAAAUGAUUGAAGUGGAUCCUCUUGCUCCCACGGCUGAGGAGAACGCCCAGCAUGCUGUCACCAAACCCCGCUACAUGCAGUGGAGAGAAACCAUCAGCUCUAGUGCCAACCUUGGCUUCAGGAUUGAAGGAAUUAAGAAGGCGGAUGGAACAUGUAACACAAACUUCAAAACGACGAAGACACAGGAGCAAGUUCUACAGGUUUUUGCGGAAUUCAUUGAGGGCAACACAACUAUUCUGAAAAAAUACCUCAAACGUCUGCAGGAAAUUAAUGUCAUUCUGGAAUCCUCAGACUUUUUCAAGCGACAUGAGGUCGUAGGAAGUUCACUACUUUUUGUACAUGAUGGCAGUGGGAAUGCCAAUGUGUGGCUGAUCGAUUUUGGAAAGACCACCCUUCUUCCUGAUGGGCAGACACUGGAUCACAGGAUCCCCUGGCAAGAAGGCAACAGGGAGGAUGGGUACUUGUUGGGAUUGGACAAUUUGAUUGGCAUUUUGGAAAGCAUCACUGAAAGAUGAGUUGAGAAAGGCACAAAACUUGCAGGGCUUCUCUGUAACUUUCUGCUUUACUGAAGUAGAAGGAAACUCAGUUAGAAGGAAACCUUUAACUCCAAACUCCUGAGGUUGUCAGUGCAGAGGGAGCUGCAGAACCCAGCAGUCAGUGAUCAAAGUUACUUUGCAUCAGCCCUCUAUGAACUUAAAUGAAUUACUCCAGAUUGGUCUGUGUUGCACCAGAUGAACUUGAGACUGGUCCUCAGAGAAUGAAGAUCUCCAUACUCGGGAAUCACACCAGCAUGAGUCAAGAGGCCUGUGUGGUAAGCCAGAAUGAUUAUGGUUUCUGGCAAAAUGUGACUCCAAAUUGCUUCCUAGAGAACCAGGACAAAUGCUUGGGAACUCAGGGCAGGAAAAACGAUCUUUCAGGGAACUGCAUAGUUUUGGAAACAGACUGUGUUUUUUCCUCUCUAAUUCCAAGUCCUCUUGCUCUUGUGUACACUAUAGGUUGGACCAACAACUUCUGCUGCAUUAUGUUACAGAGUGAGCAAGGUGCAAAUGGGUGAUAAUCACAAGAAACUGGGAGCAAAGACAGACAGCAGUUUAUAGUGGCUUGAUGUGGCUAACUGCUGUUGACCAUUUCUCCCCUUCCCUACCCUAGGAUUGCCUGUAUCCAAGAAAGGCCUUGUCUUUUUCUGUAGCCGCUCAGGAGAUUACAAAUACUCUAGGGAGAGAAUAGCGGCCUAUAGUCUCCAAAAACAUUUGACUUUCCAGCUGAGUGGGCUGUUGGAUUUGUUGCUAAGUUGGAGAGUUAGGCCUCUUACAGCUGAACUGCAGCUCUGAAAAUCACUAAUGAUCUUUCACAAACUAGUCAGGGAACUAAGUUUUUUCUUCCAAGGCUUGUUUAUUUUUGAAGAUAAAACCCCUAUACACAUGCACACACUAGUAGUCAGCAGCCAGCGUGAUCUCUUAAGAUCGUGAUUUGACUGUCUGAAAAUGCACGUGACUUCUUGGCCAUGUCCCCAUUCUCAAAUAUGAUGCUGCCACUUACACAUAUAAAGUGGCACAGCAAUCAGGGAGGUGUGUUUCUGCAUUCACAGCAUUACACAACAAUGAGGUAAUUCCCAGGCAUCCUUCCUCCAAGGUAUCAGCUGUUAACUACAUGCAGUUUGGGUGAAGGAAUAUCAACAUAUUACAUCCUAUAGUCCCCAUCUGGCAUCACAGGAUGAUCUGUACUUCAUUAUUUUGCUGUGACCCAAGCACAGCCACAGAAAAUUCAGUUUCUAGGUUAAAAUCAAGAAAGAUUGAAUUGUUUUCUUGCAAUGGUUUUACAUACCUUCUCUGUUGGUUGCUUCUAGUCACUGGAACAAUUUUUUACAUGCUGGCGAUAUAGAUACUAUCAUUAAUCACAUGUUGACUCACGUGCCAGGUUUUAACCUGAAUAAUGUGGUGAUUUUCACAAUGCAGGUAAGAGUGUCAUUACCAGUUGAUGGUUAAAGCCCUUUCAACAUCUAGAGGUAGUAAUGCAUGUUGAUCAGAAAUUCCUGUCUUUUGCUGGUUUCCUGUGCUCAGGAAAUAGUCUGAGAACUUUGGAUGAAGGUGACUGCACUUGUGGGAAACUACUAUUUCUGGAAUGAAGUCUGCAAUAUUUGUAGUUAAAGUUGGACAGCCUUAAAUAGUUUCUAAAAGGAGUUACUUUGGGUAACACACUGAAGUGUGUUGCGUACUGAAAGGUCAGUCAGAUUUAAUUACUUUUUCAUAAACUCUAAACAAAACAGGAGUAUUGAAAAUUGUAACUCAGUUGUGAUGUAAAAGUUAGAUGACAUAGAGUAGGUAUUCUGUAGGAAGUAAUGACAUGUGGAAAUAUUUAAUCUUAAACCAGAAGUUGUCUGAAACUGGUAAUUAUUUUUGCAGUUCACUGCAAAUUCAGACAAUUCAGACAAAUCCCAGGGUUUCUCUGUUUUAUAUUUAUGGUAGUAUGUUAAUGAAUUUUUCACUUAGAAAUUUCAGAGUGUUUACAUUAGGUUUUUUUGAAGUGACAGCACAGAUAAAAUCAUUCCAGAUGCCUCCUAACUUUUGAACUGCAGUGAGAUGACAAAUUAAUUUGUAGUGAAUUCCAUAUAGUUAAAAAAAGAGGUAUUUCUCCUUUUCUACAGCCAGCAGGUAAACCAUGGAUAGCUGUGCCUAAGGAGACUAGCAAUGCCUAAGGACAAUAGCAUGUAAAUAGGUCUCACAGACAGGACUUCAAUGACAUUGUCUUUUUUAUGAGACUGCAAUUGCAAGCUGUCCUACUAUAACUAAAAAGAAUUAUUAAAGUUAGAAAUCAGAUAAAUACAGAAUUUAAUUAGUGGUUUGCCUAAUUAGUCUUCAGAAUUAAAUUUCUUUCUUCUGUUACCACAUGUGGAUCUUUUGCACCAAUGUAACCUUAUUUCUGGAGGGGAGAUCUAAAUAGUAGAGGUUGGUGCUCAAAUGUCAGUAGAGAGUUUAAGACACACUUUUAGAAUGACUACCCAGUUCUAAAGGAGAAAACAACUCCUGGUAGCACCCGGCUGGUUUUGCAGUACAUGGUCCUGGGAGAAAACAUGGAGAAGGUCUGUUCCACUGCAGUAGCUGGAAAGGUCAGGGAAAAAGGAAAAUCUCUGCUAUAGCAGACACUGAUCUGGAAACUCAUUCUACAUCUAGAAUGUAAGUUCUAGGAAGUUAGUUUUGAAAUGGAUCUUUGUCUCGCUAGGGGAUUAGAAAGAAAGAAAUCACAAUCAUCUGUUGCUGUUAUGGGGAAGGAGAGAAGGAGGCAGCUUUUCAUAGCAAACUGCAAGUGUAGGACUUCAGCUGAGCACUGGAGCUCUAAGGAGUUGAGGCUGUAAGCUCAGGAGCAAACUGCCCCAUGGUAAGUCGUAGGUUCCUUGUUUCUCAUCAGGUGGCCCAGAGCACCAGUCUAUGGACACUCACUUGCUAGAGUGAGGAAGCAGCAUGGCCUUCUUUCACUGUGGGGUAAGUUGUGUUGAAUAAGCUUUUAUUUACCAGAGGGUCAACAUGGUGCACAUGCACAGGCAUGUAACACAGGGGGAGCUGAUGCAUGGUAACCAAGGAGUUCGUUCACAUGCAAGUCCAGAAUGUCGUUCAUUAAUGCAUCUGCUGAGAUAGUGCCUCACUCUGGAGGAAUCACACUGAGUACAUGUGGUUCCACAGCAGGGUCAGAGAUGCUGGCCUAGAGGCAUUUUGGUGCUGGGCAGAUGACCUCUGACUUGGGCUCCAAGGUCCUUAAACUCACUAGUUAAAUGCAGCAGUGCUGUAGCUGCUGCAUUCCUGUAGGACUAGGGAAGUAGGACUGUAGGACUAAGAAAUAGGGCUAUGACUUCUCUCCCUCAGUUUCAUCAUUGACUUGGGGUUUUUUUGGCCUUGGACAACUCUCCUAGGCAUAGUUUUGUUCCAGUUUUACAGAUGGGAAUAGAACUACUUACUCGUGGCAAUGGUGUGAGGCUCUCCUUCAUUAGUGCCUGCAAGCUGCUGUGAGAUUCUUUGGAGGAAGGUGCAAUAUAGAAAAAAUUCACAGAGAUAGAUCAGAUAAGUUUAAAAAUUAUGGAUGUUGAGGCCCCACAGAGAUAUACAUUCGGCUAAAAUUUAACCAAAGUGGUAAAAAUCCCUCUAAAUUUUGUACAGGGAGGUAUUCACUUAACGUCUGAUCCAGUUCCAGUUAAAGGGAAAGAUUUCAAUGUCUCUCAGAAGGCUUUUGCUACUUUUUUAUUGCUGUUGUUAUUAUUUGUUAUUCUUAAGGUACUGAGAUCAAAUGGCCUGUAUCAUCCACAUGCAUCCGUUCUGAACACUACAAUGCAAUGCUGACAUUGACUGUAUUGGAUGAGUGUUUGUUACUCUGAAGUGUGUAUGCUACUAAAUAAAUCAGACUGAAGGAAAAAAAGACAUCUACUGUGAUUUGGUCAUGUGAGAAUAAUAUCUUUUCUUCAAGAAUUUCAUUAGGAAAGGGAGAAAAACAGUUAUGUUUCACUGCUUUUAGUCUUUACCAUGUGGUACUUCCUAAAGCAAAACCAGAAGCCAAAUGGUGGAACCUGGUUCCAAAACCUGUUGGUGUUACCUUUUGAACUUGAU